AUGUAUGAACUAGAUAAAAAACGUUAUACUAAUGAAAAUCAAGUAGUUAUGGUAUAUCGUGGACAACUCAUGUCUCGUCAUGAAAUACCAAUACUUCGAAUAAAUACGGAUCAUAUUGGUAAUAAUGCUUUCUUUUCAACCACAAUGAAUCGAUCACUUGCAUUAUUUUAUACAGGUCCUGCAGAGCUUACCGAUGAAUUGCAAAGUGUAUUAUUUGAAAUUGAAUUGAAUGUUCACGAUGAAUCAUAUCUUCCAUUUGCUGAUAUUUCACAUCUAAGUUCAUUUCCGAAUGAAUCCGAAAUAUUGUUUAUGAUUGGUACACAAUUCAUGUUAAGUACUGUAAAUGAUCAAUUAGAUUAUGACAAUACAGAACGGAUAUGGAAGAUAAAAUUAAAAGUUCGACCUAAUGAUCGUAUCCAAGAUUUUAAAAAUCUUGAAAGCUCGACUCAACGGAAAACAUUGAAAAAUUGUGUCAAUAUAAUUUUAAUCCAAACAGAAGAAUGCGAUACUCCUUAUUGUAUUAAAGCAGCAAAUUAUUUACUUGAAAGUAUUGAUAAAACUGCUGAUCCAUGUGAUAACUUCUUUCAAUUUGCUUGUGGAACAUGGUUAAAGAAGAAUCGAAUACCUGAUGAUGAUAUGUUAACUUCACCGAUUCCUGCCGACUUAAAUAAUCUUCAAUCUGUAAUUAAUGCUCGUCGUUUUUAUGAGACCUGCAUAAAUGAAACGGUGAUAGAAUCCGAAUCUAUCAAUGUAAUUCUGAGUAUCGUCAAUGAUCUCGGUGGAUGGCCAAUCUUACAAGGUUCAUCAUGGAAUGAAACAUCAUUUAAUCUUACAAAUUUAUUAAUUCGAUUACGUGAAUAUGGUUACAAUAUGAUAUAUGGUUUUGGUACAUCAAAUGAUGAUAAAAAUUCUUCAACUAAUUUUAUUCGAGUUUACCAAAGUGAUAUUGCUCUUGCACAACGAUCAAAUUAUCUUAAUGAAACAAAAGUUACCAGAUCUUACAGACAGUUUAUUCAAGAUGUAGCUUCAGCGCUAGCAGUUGGUAGAAUAGUAAAUUCUAGUGAAGUUGACGAUAUUUAUAAUUUUGAAAAACUUAUUUCAACUUUUCAUUGGACACCAGCUGAACAACGUGCUAGACAAAAUGAAACAAUUCGUACAACAGUUGGAAAUCUUUCACAAACAUUUAAUACAAGUUUUGGAUUUACGAAUUAUAUUCAACAUAUAUAUUCUUUAUCAAAUAUUCCUUUAUAUGAUAAUGAUAUUGUAUCAGUUAGUGAACUUGAAUUUUUACGUAAUGCAUCAUCGAUUAUUGAUUCAUCUUCGCGACGUGUACUACAAAAUUAUAUUAUAUGGCGUUUUAUUAUGAGCAGAAUAUCAGAUAUGCCUAAACGUUAUCGAGCUCUAAAGGAUCCAUUUGAUGAAGCUUAUCGAGGUACUUUUGCUCAACGUCCACGUUCAAUAACAUGUGGAAGUUAUAUUAAUAGUAAUAUGGGUUUUGCUCUUUCAAAAAUUUAUAUUAAACAAUAUUUUGAUGAAAGCGCGAAACAGCAGUAUAUUUUCAAUGAAUCAUAUAUAAGUAAUGUUUUAAAAUUAUUAAAAAUAAAAGCCAAUGAAAAUCUUCGAAUGCUUCGUGAACUUGUUGAUCGUAAAGCAUGGGGUGCUAGUCCACCAACUAUAGUCAACGCUUUUUACAGUCCACCAAGAAACCAAAUCAUUUUUCCAGCUGGUAUUCUACAAAUGCCAUUUUUCAAUAAAGAUGCACCGAAAUAUUUGAAUUAUGGUGCUAUCGGAGUGGUUAUUGGUCAUGAAAUUACUCAUGGUUUUGAUGAUAUUGGUCGUCAAUAUGAUAAAGAUGGAAAUCGUAUUUCCUGGUGGACUGAUGAUACUAUUAAAAAAUUUAAUGAACGUAAGCAAUGUAUAAUCGAUCAAUAUAGUAACUAUGUUGUAACUCAAAUUAAUAGGACCUUGAAUGGAUUUCAAACACAAGGUGAAAAUAUUGCUGAUAAUGGUGGAAUAAAAGAAUCAUUUUAUCUUUUAUGUGCAUACACGUAUAUGUAUAUAUAUCUACAGGCUUAUCAAAACUGGAUUCGAACGCAUCCAAAUGAAGAUAAAAAAUUAUCUGGUCUAUCUGAGUAUUCAGCAGAACAAAUGUUUUUUAUUAAUUAUGGACAGAUUUGGUGUUCGAAAAUGACUGAUGCUAAUGCAUUGAAUAGAAUUUUAACAGGUGUUCAUUCACCGGGAGAAUUCAGAGCUCGUGGUCCAACAUCAAACUUUGACGAAUUCGAUCGGGCAUUUAAAUGCUCACCUGGGCUAAACAACAAUAGUCAAAAUCCCAAAUGUGCUGUUUGGUAA